AAGCCGACAGGCCGUGUUAAGAAACGAUGGGACCUGGGUGCCGAGGUUUAAUGGCUUGCUCCCUCUUCUCUAGACGUGAUUAGCACCAAGUGCGCAGCCAGUCCUACUACUCCAUAAAUCAUCAACUUCUCUUCCAGCCACACACACCCCGCACUGCAGGCUGCCAGAAGCCCCCGGGGGAUGCUGACCCGCCCGAACCUCUUCCUCUCCCCGUAAAUAAUCUGGUCUCAUGGCGAAGCAACACUACGCGACCAGCAGCCUUGUGAUAGGCUAUGCUUUGUGCUCGAGCUUGCUGGCAAUCAUCAACAAGUAUGCUGUCACAAAGUUCAAUUACCCUGGCCUCCUGACAACGCUGCAGUACUUUACAUCUGCUGCUGGUGUUUGGGGCCUUGGAAAGCUGGGCUUUCUCUGCCAUGAUUCCUUCAACCUGGAGACUGCCAAGAAAUUCGCACCGGCUGCUGUUGUCUUCUACCUCGCAAUAUUCACCAACACAAACCUCCUCGUCCAUGCCAAUGUGGACACAUUUAUAGUUUUCAGAUCCUUGACUCCGCUUUUGGUUGCUAUUGCUGACACAUUCUUCCGGAAGCAGCCAUGCCCUUCCAAGCUCACAUUCUUUUCCCUUGUAAUCAUAUUGGGAGGAGCAGUUGGCUAUGUUAUAACAGAUUCCGCUUUCAGCCUCACAGCAUACUCAUGGGCGCUUGCCUAUCUGGUGACAAUUACAACGGAGAUGGUGUACAUCAAGCACAUUGUGUCGAGUCUGGGUCUAAACACAUGGGGAUAUGUGCUGUACAACAACCUUCUUUCGCUGAUGAUUUCCCCCAUCUUUUGGUUUCUGACAGGAGAGCACAAGUCGGUCUUUUCAGCUGUCGAAUCACGGGGCGAGAGUUGGUUCCAGCUCGACGCCUUUGUUGCGGUAGCAUUGUCAUGCGUGUUCGGAUUGCUCAUCAGCUUCUUUGGCUUCGCGGCUAGGAAAGCAAUCUCUGCCACAGCAUUCACGGUAACUGGGGUUGUGAACAAGUUCCUCACAGUGGCGAUCAAUGUGACGAUCUGGGACAAGCAUGCGAGCGCAUUUGGUUUGGUUAGCCUUCUGUUCACUCUAGCUGGUGGAGUACUCUACCAGCAAUCAGUUACUGUAAAAGGAAAUAUUGCAGCACCACAGCAUGCACUGGCAUCUGAGCAACCUAAGGAUGACAGUGACAGUGCAGAGUAUGAUGAGGAGAGACAGAAGUUGGUUUCAUCUGGUGAACGCCCCAGUGCAUGAAGAAUGCCAUUCUUAGCUUUAGAUCGACAGGUUUGUCCUUUAAUUUUGUUCAGUAGGCCCUCCUGCUUGACCGUUGCAACAGAACCACACAAUAGACAAUGCCAGUGUAUUAUGUAAUAUUUGUUUACAAUUAGAAGUUCCCCUUUGUCUGCACUACUCAUUUUCUACUGGAAGAAAACUAGGCUUCAUCACUAUUGUUUAUGGUAGGCCUGGUGCCGGUUGUAAAAUCGUAAUACACUACCUGUAUGGACACCUCAUGUUAUUCUUGAUGUUAUAUAAUCAAAAACAAGAAAGUGGGUAGGUAUUAAUCGUAA